AUGGAUAAAUUUGAUGGUAACGCAACAGUUUUUGAAGAAGACGAAGAGUUUGAUACACUCAUGUCACAAGUCGAUGAGGCGGAUGUGAGCCGCCUCAUAGAAGAGAAGGAAGAAGAGGAAAAUAGUCGGAAAAGAAAAGCAGAGGAAGAGGCAAGAAGUGAAGAAAAAAACGAAGAAGACAAAAGAAGAGAAAUAAUAGAAGAAGAAAAAUCAUUGAUGGUACAGCAGCAAGAGCUGAUUAAAGAUAAAAAGGAAGUAGAUGAGAAGCUUAAAAUAAUUCAAGACGCCAAAAUGGAAGAAAAGAGGAAAGAAGCCUUGAAAAAGAUGGAAGAGACGCAAAAACGGAAGCAAGCGGAGGAAGAGAUUGCAAAAAUCUAUCACCCCGAAUUCCAGGCCGAGAAGGUGCUAAGGCAACUACAGAGUAUCCAACGAACAGCUUGGAAGGCAGCACAAAUUGCCCAGGAACAGGUUGAAGCCGCGAACAAAGCGGUCGUGACUGCUCGGGAAAAUUACCAUAUGCUUUGCGUGAAAAGGGCACAGGUGGAAAAAACCAUGGGCAUCACACCACGCCAUCAAACCUCAAACAGCGCCGAGAACAUUCCAAAAACGCCUCUGGAAGGAGCGAACUCAUCCAAAACCGGAAAAAUAGAAGACCUACCCACCGAGGAAGAACAGCCAAGACCCUUAAUCAUUCCCCAGCCACCAUCAUCAACCAAAAAUGUAGUUGUUGAAGACGAAACCCAGCCCCCUCAACCACCAAGCAAUACACAAUAG